AUGUGUCGCGGCCUUCCCUGGGCUCCUCGUUGCUGGCGACAGGAGCAACUCGUCGGAUUGUCGUCGCUCGUCGUCUUCUGGUUUUGGACCUCGCUGUCGCCGUGGACCGUAGUCCGUUGGUACACAUCAAAGAUGCUUUUUGCUGCAAUUGAUGAGAAUCACCAUGGCACUUAUGACUUAAUGCACUUGCCAAUUGAUUUUAAGAACAAGUGUAAUGUGGGUUAUGCCUUCAUCAAUAUGGUGUCUCCUUCACACAUGAUUUCAUUCUAUGAGGAGAAAUUUCUAUCCAGCAAUUUGAAUGUAUUGGUCAACCAGAUGGGUCUUACUCAGGCGAUUUGUUGGAGAGUCCAAAGGGCGAUUGGGACGAGAAACUAGAAAAAGAUUAACCAUUUGAUAGCUAUUUAUAUGUUCCUAGCCACAAAGUUUGGGACUGCUAACAACUGCAUAGGGCAAUAUUAAGGUGUACAAAGCUAAUUGAUUUAAGAGAACAACAAAAUUGGUGUACAAAAGUGAAGAAGCAGCUCACUUAUCUGCUGCUGGGGACUCCAAAUUCGUCAAUAUUUCAUAACAAUCAUCAAUGGAGGAAGCGACAAGGAACAACUAGUUGAAUGUGGAGAAAACAGUUUGUUGUGAAUGUAUAUAUGCGAACCAGUUUCUUUGACUUGUUCUUAUGAUAGAUCAGCCAUCUAGAAUAUUGUUACUGGAUACACUCAUGUUGGAACAUCCUUGAAGUACUCCUUAUUUUUCUCUGGAAUUUAUUCUUAG